AUGGCCAGCCAACAGUUUUCCACUGACCUGCAGAAGGAACUGAUCUGCCCCAUCUGCCUGGACAUUCUGCAGGACCCUGUCAUCAUCAAAUGUGGGCACAACUUCUGCCAUGAUUGCAUCACUCAGUGUAAGGAAGUUUCUGAGGAUCUCAUCCAAUGUCCACUCUGCAAAAGUUUCAUGAGAAAGGACACAUUUAUAUCCAACUGGCAACUGGGGAAUCUGGUGGAGAGAAUUCGAGCUACGGAUCUCUCUGAGAUGCAGCAGGAAGAGGAACAACUGAGGUGUCCAAAGCAUGGGGAGAAGUUGCACUACUUCUGUGAGGAGGAUGGUGAACUCCUUUGUAUGAUGUGUCAUGACUCCAUGGAUCACAAAUUACAUAAAACCAGUCUGGUAGAAGAAGCUGACCCGCAUUAUCAGGAGCAGAUCCAGUUGCAUGUGGAAAUCUUAAGGCAAAAGGCUCAAGGAGAAGAGAAGAUCAACAACUUCAUGGCCCAGGUGGAGUUUGAGAAGCAAAAGAUACACACAGAAUUCAAGCACCUGCAACAGAUACUAGAGGAGAACAAAAACUUCUUCCUGUCCAACAUUAAGCAGCUGGCUCAGAAGGGCACCAAGGAGUGUGAACGCUACAAUGCUGCCAUCCAGGCACAGCUCAGCUUGCUCAAGGAUUCCGUGAAAGUCAUGCAGCAGAUGCCACCCAGAGAGCUGCUACAGAAACAACUUGACAAAGCAAAGUCCAGUCAUGACUCCAUUAUCAAGAACCUGAGGAACCUGGAAGCGCCUGUGACCUUUGACACAGCCUCAGCCCAUCCCAGCCUCAAGUUUUCCCAGGAUCUGAAAACAGUGAGAGUGGACAUGAUCCCUCGGAAGCACUCAGAGGAUACAGUGGAGCCACAGCGCUUCUACCCAUCCUGUUGCUUGCUGGGCUCUCCAGGCUUCUCCACUGGCCGCCACACCUGGGAGGUGGAGCGCAGAGGACCCGGGGGAGGGGCCUGUAUCCUGGGCGUGGCGUGGGAGCAGGCCCCUCGACAGGGCAGCCUGACCCUGGAGCCUGCCAGCGGCUUCUGGGUGCUGAAAAUCACCAGCUUCUUUGAGUGCCAGGCGCUCACUGGGAGCAACACGUGGGAGGAACUACCGGUCUGUCCCAGGAGAGUGCGUGUCUGCGUGGAUCUCGAGGAAAAGGAAGUGACCUUCUACGAUGCGGCCACCAACGACUGCAUCUACAAGUUCAAUGCCUCCUUCCCAGGGAAGAUCUUCCCUUUCUUCAGGCUGCUGUUCUCAGGCACCCAGCUCACCCUGAACCCCUAG